GUGGGGGGUACAUCACACUCCCCACGCUAAUCAAUCCAGACCCCCCGGCACCGGCGCGUUGUCAUCGCUGACGCUUGGCGUGCGGGUUAGAAUGUGCAGAGAGGGAGUGUGUGUACGGGAGUGUGUGAGCCCAGGCACGGCGAGAGAGCGCAGCCGCGUCAGCACGAGCCCGUGUGUGUGUGCGUGCGUGCAAGCGAGAGCCGUGGGGAGCGGACAUGCCCAGCUCGCCCGAGCUCUCGGCACGCCGCACGACAGGCAGCCGCUAACGGGUGUGAGGGAGAGGGAGGAGAGGAGAGGAAGAGGAGGAGGAGGAGGAGGAGGAGGAGGAAAAGAGCGGGAGAUCAGCGAGCUGCUUUUGCAUGACGGCCUGGCCGGUCCAGGACUAUUGAGAAGAGGACCUGCACACACCGAGCGUGUGUGUGCGCACGCACGCACCUGUUUAUGUGUGUGUGUAGCCACACACGCCCGCUCGUACUUUACGGGACCAUGUCAGUGACCACCGCAUUUGGCUACCAGCUGCCUGGCAUCACCACGGUAACCUAUGUUUUUGUUUACAGCCCUGGGACGGUGCAGCGGGAUGUCAGCCCUCCGCCCGCCGGGCCCUCGCACACCCUCGCCGGUGCCCGCGGGCCCAAACGGAAACUCUACAGCGCCGUGCCCGGGCGCACCUUCAUCGUGGUGAAGCCCUACACACCCCAGGGAGAGGGAGAGAUCCAGCUGAACCGUGGAGAAAGGGUCAAAGUGCUCAGUAUAGGAGAAGGGGGCUUUUGGGAGGGCACGGUUAAAGGGAGGACCGGCUGGUUUCCUGCAGAGUGUGUGGAGGAGGUGCAGAUGAGACAGUAUGACCCUCGACUGGAAACAAGAGAGGAUCGUACGAAGAGGCUGUUCAGACACUACACUGUGGGCUCCUAUGACAACUUUACCUCCUACAGUGAUUACAUCAUUGAGGAGAAAGAUGCCAUGCUGCAGAAGAAAGAGAACGAAGGUUUUGGUUUUGUCCUACGGGGAGCGAAAGCGGAGACACCCAUUGAAGAGUUUACCCCCACGCCUGCCUUCCCUGCACUGCAAUACCUGGAGUCUGUUGACGUGGAGGGCGUGGCCUGGAGGUCGGGGCUAAGGACAGGUGACUUCCUCAUUGAGGUGAACGGCGUGAACGUCGUGAAGGUGGGCCAUAAGCAGGUGGUGUCUCUUAUCCGGCAAGGCGGGAGCAAUCUGCUGAUGAAAGUGGUGUCGGUGACACGCAAACCAGAAACCGAAGAUGUGGUCAGGAAAAAGGCACCACCACCACCCAAGAGAGCGCCCAGCACCACGCUCACGCCAAGGUCCAAGAGCAUGACUGCUGAGCUUGAGGAGCUGGGUAAGACACACACACACACAUACACAUAUGCAGACAUAUAUACAACUACAUAUACAUAUAUAUGCACCUGCUUGUACACAUUUGGAGGCAGUUUCCUCAAAUCUCUAGCUAUAUCCGUCUUACUUUCCUCGCUUUCUGGCUUUCUUUCCCUUACUCUCUUUCUCUCUCGUGCUGUUGUUUGCAUGCUACACUGUGUCAUCUUUCUCCCUCUGCCAUUUGGGCUGUUCAAAACAUCAGCUGUGUUUUCCACUCAAUCUGUCCUCCUAUGUCUGUAUGUGUUUAUACUUUGGUCUGUGUGGGUGUGUGUGUGUGCAUGCAUUGGUACAGAAAGGCUAGAUGAAAUUUUGGCCUCUCAGGAGUCAGCAAUGAGGCCGCAAGUGGAGACAGACUACAGAGCAGCCACGGUGAAGCAACGACCAACCAGCCGUCGAAUUACACCAGCAGAAAUCAGUUCUCUUUUCGAGCGGCAAGGUCUUGCUCUCCAUGGUCCUCUUCACCCAGCACUGGAAAAAGCUCACAUUCAGCUGCCCAAAGGCAUGUCCAGAACCAAGUCCUUCGGAGCUACUGAGGAGGACCGGCUGUCUGCCCUGGCGGCGGAACACAGGUUUCCACGGAGCUCCUCAAUGACAGACACCCUGAGAGACAGUCACAGCAUCCCACCUCCACCUCAGACAGCACCACCUCCUCCACCCUCACUUUACUACCUGGAUAUGGGUCCACCUCCACCUUUCUGCCCACCCCCUCCUCCGAGCCGUGUUCAUGACCCCGGCCGCUCCAGCUUUAAGCCAGGCUCAGAGACUCGACUGCAUGGCCUACCACAAACCAUGUCUGCUGAGCUGUAUGAACCCCCUCGCCACAGUGCCCACAUAGACCGACAGAAGAAGGCCCGUUCCAUGAUUCUCCUGCAAGACUCCCACCAUUCUGUAGAGCCCACAGACAUCCCACGGCCUGGCCAAGCCUCCACCCCACCAGAGAGAAUCAAACGCAAAGGACGUGUUAUUGACAACCCUUAUGCUAACGUGGGCCAGUUCAGCAUGGGCCUGUACACCCCAUCACCCAGCAAGCCCCAGCGCAGGAAGAGCCCACUAGUAAAGCAGCUGCAGGUGGAGGAUGCCCAAGAGCGAGCCUCGCUAGCACUGGCUUCAGUUCACUCCAGGGAACAUUCACCCACAGGCCGACUGGCAGCUCACCAUACUAGCAGGGCAGAGUAUUACCAGCAGCAGCUACUACAGGAGCGCAGUCGAGCUCAAGCGGAGGGUCUGCUGCAGGGCAAAGGCCAUUUUGCUGCCGCAAUUGCCGGUGCCAUCAAGGACAGGGAGCAGCGUCUUGAGGAGCGGCGAAAAUCCACAGUCUUCCUGUCUGUGGGCACCAUGGAAGGCAGCUCAGCCCCACCACUGGAAUCCCCCUUACUAACACAGUCUCAUUCUGUUGAUGAACGGCUGCUCACCAGUGAGCUUGCUCAGCUGCCUCCACCCGCCCUAGCACUGCGACCCUCUCAAAGUGGCACAACAUUCAUCCACCCAUUGACAGGGAAACCCCUUGACCCCAACUCCCCUUUGGCACUUGCGCUGGCCGCAAGGGAACGGGCUUUAACUUCCCAGAGCCAAUCCCCUGCUAGCAGCCCUGAGCCUAGGACUAAGCAUGAGGCUGCUGGUGGGGUGCUGUUUAUGGACACCCAGACCAAAGAGGCUGAGGGCGAGAGGGAUCUUGCAUCACGCUCCUUUUCCCCUGGAGAAAAAAGGAGCUACACAUCCACCCCCACUAGCAAGAUCUCAUGGGGGACCCCAAAAACCACAAGAAAGGAAACAGAGAUGGGAACAGAGAAGAAAGAGGAGCGAAAAGUAGAAGACAAGAAGAGCAUGAUCAUCAGUAUCAUGGACACAUCGCAGCAUAAGACUGCUGGGCUUAUUAUGGUUCAUGCAACUAGUAAUGGACAGGCAGUAGGACUGGGCCCAGAACAUGUUUCCGCUCCUCCCAAAGGCAUCAUUUCAGAGAGCUCAAAGCCCACAUUAGCUGAAAUCAAGCGGACCAAGUCUCCCAGCCCAGAAGCAUCCUCCACACCAACUCCAACCCCUGCCACACCUUCAACCCCCCAAGCACCCACUAGUCCUUCCUCAGAUAAAACAGCCCAGGCAUCCUCUAGCCCAUCUUCAGAUAAAACUCUGGCCCAGGGAAGCUCAGAGGAAGAUGUGGAGCCCUACUCUGUUACCUUACCACCUGCCAUGCUGUCCUCUAGUGAUGAGGAGACACGGGAGGAACUGCGCAAAAUUGGUGUGGUUCCUCCACCAGAUGAAUUUGCAAAUGGUCUCCUAGUGAAGGCACCUGCAGCUUCUGCUACACCUUCAACAGCCAAGCUAGUGACCCCCUCAGAACCAUCCCCAGUCACAGGUCCCACCCCUCCAACCACAGCCGCAACAGCAGCACAGGCCCCUGCCACCAGCGGCCCACCAGCAUCCUCAGGGAAGCCAUCUGAACCCCACCUGGGCCCAGAGUCUGCUGCUGAUUCUGGAGUAGAGGAAGUGGACACUCGCAGCUCCAGUGAUCACCAUCUGGAGACCACAAGUACCAUCUCCACUGUCUCCAGCAUGUCCACCUUAUCCUCAGAGAGUGGCGAGCCCACUGACACCUACACUUCCCAUGCCGACGGCCAGACCUUCAUCCUUGAUAAGCCGCCAGUGCCUCCAAAGCCAAAGCUCAAGUCUCAGCUCAGCAAGGGCCCAGUAACGUUCAGGGACCCCCUGCUCAAACAGUCCUCGGAUAGUGAGCUGCUCUCACAACAGCACGCAGCAGCACUGGCUGCUGCCACGGGGACCUCGGGCCCAACAAGACCCCGCUACCUCUUCCACAGACGCUCCAAGCUAUGGGGGGACCCCAUAGAACCCCGCCCGCUUGCAGGCGCAGAGGAAGGCAAACCCACUGUGAUAAGUGAGCUCAGCUCCAGACUGCAGCAGCUCAACAAGGAUACAUGCUCACUUGGUGAAGAACCACACAUAGGCUCACUCGACCCUGGACGAAAGUCACCUGUGGCUGGUGCCAGACUCUUCAGCAGUCUAGGGGAGCUCCACACCAUCUCUCAGAGAAGUUACGGCACCACUUACACCAUCCGACCAGGCAGCCGAUACCCAAUGACCCGUCGGACACCCAGCCCUGGCUCUGCUUCCCCAGAUCGUUCAGAUCCACUCGGACCCAUCCGAGGCUUCGGCCUGGCUACCUCGCCCACCGCGGCCCCCACCAUCCUAAAAUCCUCCAGCCUCAGCCUGCCCCAUGAGCCGAAGGAGGUGCGCUUCGUCAUGAGGAGCUCAAGCGCCAGGAGCCGCUCACCCUCACCUGGACAUUCCCCCGGUGUGCCCUCGCCACUCCUUACACUGCGCCCCUUCCAUCAGAAACCCCUUCACCUGUGGAACAAGUAUGAUGUGGGUGACUGGCUUGCCAGCAUUAAUCUGGCUGAGCACUGUGAGCGCUUCCACGAACACGAGAUUGAGGGCUCCCAUCUCCCAGCCCUCACUAAGGAGGACUUUGCCGAGCUGGGUGUGACACGUGUAGGCCAUCGUAUGAACAUUGAGCGCGCCCUAAAGCAGCUGCUGGAAAGGUGACCCCCCCUCGACCCGCUCUGUCUGUAGCUAGUCUCAUCACUAAAAUUCUUUAUUUUUCUUGUUGUUGUUGUUUUGUCUUUUCUUAUUUAAUUCCUGAGUUAUCAUUAUUGGUUCCAUGGGAGUAAGCCCAACUUAUUUAGUAGCAAAUUUGCCCCAAAUCCCUCCCCAUCACACCAUCAGCAGCCAAUUAGCCAGGUUUGUAACGGGGCUGUGAAAUGCAUAAACAUAUAGAAGCACCAUUUCAGUGAAAGGUUGACUUGCAUUAUUCGGUUUUCUCUCCUCUCCAACCACUUCCCUCUCUUCCUAUACCCUUGCCCUACUGGGAAAACCCUAGCUGCCCUAUAUCUUACAAAAGAAAGGAGGGAUGAUGUUGGAUGAGGGAAGCUGAGUUGCCUUUCUGAAUAUUUUUGUAUUGGAUGAGCAGAGUGGGUGUGGCUGGGUCGUCUCUACCUUCUGCCUGCCCUCUUCUGGCUGAGGGACAUAUUACACGUGGAGAAUGUUAAACCAACACUAGUGGCUUUUUUUUCAUAAUCAGACUUUUCCUUUGGGGGACCAAAAGGAAUGUGACGUUAAAUAGGAUAUCUCAAUGUAUUUACAUAGCUUUGAAAAAAAAAAAGGAGAGAGGCAGAAAACAGACAAGAUGAACUGUGCACAACUGCACUAGUCUCUCCCCCUUAGAUGAUGUGAAUCCCAUCAUUAAUUUAUUCAUUUAUACCAAUUAUAUACAUAUAUAUAUAUUUGAAAAGUAUAUAGAUAUAUGAAUAUAACAUUUUGUCAUAAAUAUAAAACUUA